GAUCUCCGUCUGAACGAUCUGUGAAACCAGUUGACUGUUUCGGUGCUUAUUCAUUAUCGCUUAAAAUAGCGAGUUACUCGUAUUAUUUCUGAAACAUUUCUGAAACCCGCAUUGGUUUGACUAACGCCUGAGUUUCUGACUGUUGAUCCGACUACAUGAUGGAGAAGCUACCGCAGAUUCCAAAGGCCACUUGCAGUGUGUUGGCACUCAGCAUUGCGGAAGUCCUCUUGGCACUUGUGGGAUUCGCGGCAAAUUUCUACAACCUGUUUUACGGCAUCCUGGCGCCGGACGAGAGUAUUCCGAUGGGGCAGACGCUGAUCUUUAUCGUGUCCAUCCCGUUGUACGCAACGCAGCUGGUAUGCGGCGUCCGUCUCAUGGUGGCCAGUGUGCGCCUAAUGCGGGGCCAGAGAAAUUCCGCCUUCUUCGGGGAAGGUGUCCGCAACAUUCCUGCGCGGGAAUUCACAAUGUGCCAGGUGUUGGCUCUCAUGAGCUGCUGCGUGUGCCUGCUGGCCCUGGUCCUCGCCUGGUUCUGCCAGGUCGGCUUCGUCGCGAACCGCCUCCUUUUGUCGGCCAAACUGGACCUCAUGUUUCCCAAACCGGACGCUAUACCCAAACCCAAACUGGGGGCGUGGGAAGCCGUUCAGCAAGCCUUCCAGGCGGACUUCACCGGACAGAUGGUCAUGCUGGCAGCGGUGCUGCUGCAGAUCGCCGGUGUCAUCGUGGUGGUCUUCAUUCUUCGGCAAAGUAAAGCCGUCCGAGAAGAGCUGCAGUUGGCUGAUAGGAAUGCGGAUGAUCGCAAGUCCUGCAAGGAAGAGCACAAGCUUCUCGCCCGUUUGAAGGAGUAUAACGAACCACCGCCCGCGUACAGUGGCGGAAAAAUUGCGCUGUCGGCGUAGGAUAAGGUGACAAAUGUGACCUUUACCUGGAGGCAUCGAUUCAUCGUUGAGUUCGCUGUUAAUGAAUGACCUUUAACAGUAAAGCGCUAAACAGUUUUACGGUUUACAUCCCUUUAAUAUGCGUAUAUAGUAGACAGUGCUUAGAUAUUUGUCUCGAUACCUGUACUACAGCUUUUAUCGGCAGAUUUUUAUAUAUCAUACAUCUUCUGCCCCAUGACUUUUAUCUUAGCACAUAGUAUUUCGGUACGGCAUUGUUGUUUGCUUCGAUUCCCUAGAGCUUCUCCUGUUUGGCUAUCAUAAUAAGUAUCAUUAUAUAUUCUGGAGAACUUUCUGUUUAUCUCUCGUAUUUCCCGCGUCACGGCGCCAUUACGGAUCACCCACGGUGCUUAACUCCGGCCACUGCAAACCCCCUCCCAGCCGACGUGCUUUCUCAUCCAUUGCUUUCCCCGUGUAGUGUUCCUUCCGCCAUUUCCGAUAGGAAUGUUCCCGCACAACCAUGGCUGCUUUCCUUACCGAAGACUUGCCCUGUUGUGCAACGUAUAGUUUAGCGUUAACCCACUGUUUACUGUGACCGUAACUAGUUGUUUAUAGAGUGUUGAAAACUGUAUGAUCGUAAAUUCGUAAGUUUAAAAUCUUCACUUUCCCAUUUUGUCCUACCUACGUUACAGCUUACGUUUCUGUAAUUUGUUCGCCUACUUCCAUAAAAAAGACAGUCUGUCAAUGUUAGAGGAUUCGAUGCUAACGCUCGACCGAGCUUCAUUAAACUACUGCCGCCAAACUGCUGUUGUCACUAUCCGGUAUUUC